AUGGAGCAGUCUCCAAUUUAUUAUGAAAGUAAAACGGCAACUUUCACCGGCUCCGAUUUACAAUUAGACGUCUCCGACACAAAUGGGAUCAAAUGUACCUGGAGUGGAAACGUGGCAGGUCAUCAAAAGCAAUACUCCUGGAAUUUUGAUUGGAGAGACUUACACAGUCAAGGAGUUGACCGUCUCACGGGAUAUAUUAUAAUCAAGGAGAGAAACAACUUAUUUUCUCCACAAAAAAUGGAAGUUGACUGGACAAUCGUUGACCAAAACAAUAAGAGAACCAUAACGGUUUCCCCUGCCUCACAAUAUACAAUCAGCUUCGAAUAUUCGUUGACUCCUCAUUACGCAACACAAAGUUUGUAUGACGCAAUUUUCUCUCCACCCGAUACAGUUCUCGUGGUCGAGGGAAAGGAGAUUCAUGUUAAUAAAGCGUUCUUCUCCAUGCGUUCCGACUAUUUCAAAGUCCUGUUCUCCAAUAAUUUCAAGGAAGGAAGCUUAUUAGAAAUCAAAGAGGUCUCAUACGACGACUUCAAACUUCUUUGCAACAGUUUCUCAGAUCCUCAAUUUCCGGAUCCUCAAUUUACAAAUGAUGGAACCGUUGAGAAGCUUUUGAAAUUGGCUCGCCAAUUCCUAUUGCCAUCUGUAACAGAAACUGUUGAACACCAUCUGCUUCACUUUUCAAAAAUUGGUUUUCUAAAAAUGAUCUGGUUGGCUGAUGAGUUUAAAAUGUCGAAGCUUCUGGAAAAGUGUAUCCGUGAGCUCGACUCAUUGGAGAAGGUUAAGAAAUUGAAGGAAUUGCCAGAAUUCGAGAAGCUCUCCGAUGAAACCAAACUGCUGAUUCUUGGACGUAUCAUGAAAUUCCUGUAG